UAUUCCUCGCAAUGAAAUGUUUAGUCGCUAUGUAAACCAGUCAUUUCGGGAAAUACUGGCAAUAUGGAGUAUUACACCGCAUAGACAUUUCCAGAACACCCUCUCAGAGGUCAAGUCCAUCCAGUUGCCGAGCAAAAUGGUCCUCAACGCGCUAGCGGGCCAAUAUAACCAAAAGCUCAAUCUUAUUGCUGAAAUAGCCAAAGUAAAGAUUUCCAAAAAGAGUGGUAAAGAUACAUCUAUCGAACUCAAAGGGGGAGCCGCUGCCUUGGAUAAGGCUACGGCCUUGAUCGAAGCAAGGUUAGAGCUGUUGAAGAACUGCAGUCAGACGUUGGAGUUGACGUCAGCGACUAUUCGCAGCCUCUUGGGUGGCAAAAAUAUUAUUGCAGGGAUUGAGAUCGCCACCGAUACAAACAUCAGCGUUGCAGCGCCCGUGACUGACGGCCGCCAGGUGCUCUACAUCUUUGCCGACGAUGAAAGCAAGGCACACAAGGCCAAAAAACGCUUGUUAGAGGGAGCCGCACUGUUAGUUGUCUCUGUUAUCAAGUCCGACCGCUCUCCAGUGUUGUUUCGGGCAUUUCUGGCUGAAAUUGAAGGAAUUAAAGCCUCCCAUAAGGUAACAAUUACCACUGACGGGCUGAUAUUGGUGAUGGGAGCUUCCCAGACGGGAGUUGAUGCCGCCAGGGACAAAAUAAUUGCUCUCUUGAGAAUUUUGGAGGCCAAAACAAUCGCGUUUAAGGUGGAAUCAGACUUAGCGGUGGUGAUUGCUACGUCAAAGGGAGUUCUUGCCGCACUUGAAAAGAAAUACGCCGCAGUGGUGUCCAUGAAUCGCUCCCACACCGUCACGGAAGUGACUAUCUACUCUCCAGAUGCCCUCCAGUGCCAGGCUGAGUUUCAAUCGCUCUUGGAUUUGUUGAAAGCCUCCUCAAAACAGAUACACAUCCCCAGUGAACUAUCCCACGCUAUUUACCCCCGUUUAGCCGCUAUUGAACGGAAAACCAAGAGUAUCCUCAAGAUGAGAGGCACCGAGCGCGUACAGCUCCACAUCUACGCGCUUGAUCCAUCACAUGUCCAAGGGGCUUAUGGUUUAGUAACCAGUGUUGUCCAGCAGCUAGCAGACUCAAGUGUUUACGUGGCUUUUGACCCGGCGUAUUUCCAUAUGAUAUUGCGAAAUCUCUCAUGGUUUGAAAGCAUCCAGAAUACAAACAUCAAUCUAUCAAAGACGAAGGACCUGUUGCGUAUAUAUUCCACCGUCGGGGAUAUCUCAGAAACAGUAACAUACGUGGAGGAGUAUGGAAGAAAACUCUCUGAACAUUCCAGAAAGCUACAAGUCCACCAUGAAUCAUUUCUCAAGUUUGCCGGUAAGGGUUUCCUGCGGGUGAAUGAUCUAGAAAGAGACUACAACGUCAAAGUGAACUACAAAAAGGAACGGAACAAACCAUGGAGUCUGCCUUCUGGUAACGGCGAGUUUGGGGAGGUGCAUGUCAUUGGCGAUAGCGCUUCUCAGGUUCAAAGCGCCCUCGAAAAGAUUCACGCCUGCUUGGCUCCGAUUUUUGAGAAGCUGAAGUACACGGUUUAUCGGGAGUUUCGGUUCUGUGAGGAAAAUUUGCCAUACGAACUGUUAUUUCGGCACCAGAAGUUCCGCUACUUGCUAGACAGGAUCGAAAAAUCGAACCAGUCUCUCGUUAAACGAAUUGGUGCAUCUUAUUCCAUCCUGAGCACUUCGGAGAGUCACAUGGAUCGCUGCUUGGAUGCCAUAGAAGAUAUGUUUUCUAAGUAUGCCACUAAUAUGGAGUCACUUCAAGUUCCUCGAAACGUCUUUUCGGAUCCGGACUAUUCCCUGUUAAUGCGCAGGAUCGAGAGAAAUAACAAUUGUGUUCUUAUACCACGAGAACAGGAGAUUUCGCCGUCUUUUGUGACACUAGAAGUGUACCAUAAAGACUGUUUUCAGGUCUUGGUGGCGAUGGACAAGCUCCGAAGUUAUGUCAAAUUGAAAGAGGAGACGCGGGCUGUUGGAAAGACACACACCUUGACCCUCCAGAACCUUUUGCUUCCUCUCUUGACCCAUGAUGGGGACACCAAGUUGCGGCAAUUGGAAAAGCUAGCCGGUGUCAGUGCUUCUUCGGGUGAGGGGUGUAAGUUUAGGAUCUACCGUUUUAGCAAGACCAAGACCCAAACAGGUAACUUCAUACUCGAGAUAAGCGCACCAGAUGAUGAACGGCUAUCGAAGGCGGUCCAUAUUCUUGAAAAGUUUCGCAUGACAUACACUUCAGGCGAAAAAAAUGUUAUAGGCUCCACCAUUUCGCAGGACCGAUACAAUUACUUUCGGUCAAACCGAGUCACCCCAACCGGUUGUUUAUCGCUUUAUAAUCUCCGCAGUGUGGAACAAGAAACUGGGGCUACAAUUUACAUUGAUGACCACCCGAACCAUCGAGAAUACUUGGUCACAGUGAUGGGUGGGGAGCGUGCCGAAGAGGCGUUGAAUGCAGUGAAAGGGGCUACAUAGGGAGGCCUGACAUAUACUAAGGUUAUGACCAGUCCACCGGAUUUUCGGCCAAUUUUCAUCUCCAUGCCUUUCCAUCUUCACAAGUCCCAGCUCCUCUCAUACUACAUAAAUAAGAUCUCGGUAUAUAUUAAUAGAAUCUCAGUACGUA